CAUGUAUUACGGAAGGAUUAACCAAUCAGCGCGCAGUUUGUCUUAAAACGGGUUGGAAAGUAAAUGUUGUGUUUUGUGGGGAUUCUGUAGACCAACCGAUUUUUAUAAACAAGCGGUAGUGAAAAGUGACGAAAGAGAGUUUGUUGAUCUUAAUCAAGAAUUCGUAAAGUGUAUUGAAACACGGUUGUGUGGUGUGUAUCGGUGUGUGAACUGCUUUCUGUCUUCAUUGCGUCAGCAACAACGUGCUGGAGGAACAGAAUGACUGCUGAACUGUGAGCUACAGCUUAAAGGUUUCACUUCUGAACAACUGCUUCUGUAAUACUUUGGAGCAAAAAACACAGCGUUGGAAAUACACAAGACAGGAAUCUGUAAUAUGGAUGAAGGAGAGCUGGUCGAGUAUUUCAGGACGCAGAUGAGCCAAGAUCCAGAUGUGGCCUCUGCUGUGGCAGCCAUCCGCUCUCUGUUAGAGUUCCUGAAGAGGGAUCAGAGUGAGACCAUUUUGGGCCUAAGAGAGAACUUGACCAAAGCCAUCGGCAGGCUGCAGGAGGCUGAUUCCUCUGUGGCCGUGUCAUCAGGAGGAGAACUCUUCCUCCGAUUCAUCAGCCUCACAUCACUGGAGCAUCCAGAUCUCUCCCAGUGCAAGAACGUCAUGGUGGACAGAGGAGAACUUUUUCUGAAGAAGAUUUCUUUGUCCCGAGGCAAAGUGGCCAAACUUUGCCACACGUUUAUUAAAGACGGGGCUAAAAUUCUCACACACUCCUUGUCAAGGGUUGUGCUGAAAGUUCUGGAAAGCGCAGCAGCUGACAAGAAACGUUUUACUGUCUAUGUCACAGAAUCACAGCCGGAUUCAUCUGGUCACCACAUGGCCGAAAAGCUGCGAAGACUCAAUAUCCCAGUUACAAUAGUGCUCGAUGCUGCAGUCGGAUACAUCAUGGAGAAGGUCGACCUGGUGAUUGUCGGUGCUGAGGGUGUCGUUGAAAGCGGAGGCAUUAUAAACAAGAUCGGCACCUAUCAGAUGGCCGUGUGCUCCAAAGCGCACAACAAGCCGUUUUAUGUUGUGGCUGAGAGUUUCAAGUUUGUUCGCCUUUACCCGCUCAACCAGCAGGAUGUACCUGAACGAUUUAAGUAUAAAGCAGAUACACUGAAAACUGCAGAGGACUUUAACCAGGAGCAUCCAAUAAUCGACUAUACGCCUCCAUCUCUCAUCACUCUGCUUUUCACUGACCUGGGUGUGUUAACCCCUUCAGCGGUCAGCGAUGAGCUCAUCAAGCUUUAUUUAUAACGCUCUCUCAUAUCAAAUCAAGGUCCUCGAUGCCAUCUCUCAGAACCAACCACCUUUAUAACGUCCUGGAUUUGAAUAGUCGUACUUGACAUACAGGUGAAAAACGUUUCACUGUACAACAAACACUGACAAAGUAAGAAAAUGGCAUCUUUCUGGUUCUUGCAUUGUUCCUAUUUAAAGUCAAAAUAAACAAUAAAAUGUGAAAUUUUAAUGGACAGAAAUCAGA